UAAACCAUUUUAUAUUUUCAAGUUAAGUUAUAUAAAUAGAGUGCUUUAGAGAGAGCAAGAAAAUUGUAAUACCGGACACCAUGGAAAAGAGAGAAGCUUCAUCAAGUUCUUUUACCAAGUCUUCUAAGUCUCAUCCAAAAUUGCCAAAUGAAAAAAAUAAGGACUACUCGAAAAUUAUUAUACGAGAAUUUGAGAACUGGUCCAAUCAUCACACAAUCUUUAGAGUCCCGAAAAUGUUUCGAGACAUAGACGAAAAAGCUUACACUCCUCAGCUAGUUUCCAUUGGCCCUUUUCAUUAUGGCGAAAAAAGCUUGGAGGGAAUGCAAUCUCACAAGGAAAAUUAUUAUUUCAAAAAGUUCCUUGACCGAACCGAAAAGAGUGAAGAUGAUCUCUCAAACUUCAUUAAGCAAAGGUUUGAUGUUGAGAUUCUUCCUAAAUAUGCUGGUUUUAUAGAACUUGAUCUCAAUGAAUUUGUGCAUAUUAUUCUCAUUGAUGCUUGCUUCAUAUUUGAGCUCUUAUGCUCUUGUUGGAAAAAAGAUGAAAUGGACAAUGAUUACAUAUUGAGAACUCCAUUGUUUUUUGGAACAAUAAAACUUGACUUAAUGAUGCUUGAGAAUCAAAUUCCAUUCUUUUUUCUUGAUGAGCUAUAUGAAUUUUCUAGGCCAUUAAAUUAUCCUCCCACUCCUUCAUCUAACCCUAAUCCUACUCCAAGUUGUGAUCUAAAAUUAGAGAUAUCAUCAAGUGAUGAUCAUGUAGUGCCAUCAUUUAUGAAUCUUUCCCUUUGUUUCUUUGGUCUUAAUUUUAAUACCUUCCUUGACAAAACCGCCGUAAAACACUUCACUGACUUGCAUAGAAGGUCUUGGAUUCCGAUAAAAGAAGAUUAUUAUUUUUCGAAAACAAUUGAUAAUAACAAAGAAAAUGUCACCACUACUCUCUUUUAUGCGACAAAAUUAGACCAAGCAGGUAUUGAUUUCGCUCCACCACCACCAAAACAAGACGCGGUUGUUAAGGUGUAUUUGCAUGAAAGAUGGUAUACUAAAUUCUUGCCAUUUCUUAGUUCUUGCAAGCUUCAACUUCCGGUGUUGAAAAUACAAGAUAAUACACAAAAUAUUAUGCGAAACAUAAUCGCGAUGGAGCAAUGUCUACCUGAUUCGGGAAAAAAGACACCAUUUUGCAAUUAUGUCUCGCUAAUAAAUAAGCUCAUUAAUACUGAGGAAGAUGUAGCCCUUUUGAUCGAGAAGAAUGUCAUCGAAAACCAUCUUGGAAGUACUAUAUGUGCGACUGACAUGAUCAACAAUCUUUGUCAAAAUAUGACCCUUGCAACAUUUAUGUACUCUAAAGAAUACUAUGACAUAAACAAGUUCUAUAAUGUUUGGUACAAUCGUGCUAAGGCAACUCUCAUAAGGAUUUACUUUAACGAUGUUUGGACAACAAGUUCAACUUUUGUUGCAGUUAUGAUCGUCAUCUUCACAACAAUUUCAACCAUUGAUUCGAUUUGGUCGUUACUUGAAAACAGGGCCGGCCCUGAAAAUAUAUGGGCCCAAGACAAAUUAAAUUUUGGGGCCCUAAAAAAUAUAUAAAAAAAAAUUAAAAAAAAAAGAGUGUUACAGGAUUUGAAGCCAUGACCUUCAACAUUAUGCCAUCCACCUCAACCAACUAAGCUAUAAAUAUAUGUUGCUUAUAAUAUACUUAAAUUUUACUUAAAUAAAAGCAUAAUAACUUUUUUUUAUUUUUUUAUUUUGGGCCCCUAGAAAGUGUGGGCCCUAGGCACGGGCCUAGCCUGCCUAUGCCUAGGGCCGGCCCUGCUUGAAAAGUAACCUAGCUAAAUCACUUUUGCUCAUUAUAAAAUUAGAGCAUUAAUUUUUAUUCUUGUAAAUUGUUGAAAAGAAAAAAACUAUUAGCUAUAUGUGUUUGCUUUAUUUUUCAUUAUAAUCAGAUUGUGCUACUUAUAUGUAUCCGUCUUAAUUUGUUUGUCAAAAUUAGUACCCUUUUUUAGACGUUGAAUGUACUUGAGUUUGGCAACUAUUUUAUUCUAUUCUUGAGUUUGGAGUUUUCGUUUCUUAUCACAAUGCUCUUUGUUUUGAAAAAAAAAAUAAUAAAAAUAGUGGUAAAUAUAUAACGUCCCUGCUUCCAAUUUUUAUUGGGCCCUUACCUACAAAGUAACACGAGUGUUUUCAGCGUGCUUACUGUGAAAUUCUUUCAUGAUGAGCUACCAAAAAAUAAGAUGUACAUUGUUGAUGUAGAAAGUACCAAUCAAUUCAUUUAAACCCUCUGAUUAACUAUAUAUAGUCUCAUUUAAGCCCUCUUCAACUACACGGUCUCAGAAUCAUGACACUUGACAUUUUCCAAGCGGUGUGAAAUUGUACAACUUACCGGAUAUUUUUCCUUACGAAUUACUCGACUACUCACUGUCACAAAUUUUGUAUAUUUAUAUCCUAAUUAAUUUUUAGAUGCUUCUGUCAUCUAUUAUUGUAAAGAGAUUGACACUUAUUUCUCUAAUGGUAUAUACUUCAAAUAUACAUUUAAUUUAUGCUAUUAUUACAUUAAAUUGAUGAUUAUUGACAAUAGUACAUUUGUAUUACAAUGUAUUACAUUCAUUAUAACAUUAAUGAAAUUGAAAA